AUGAUUUUUCCUAGACCAGAAUACAAGUAUGAGAUUGUGAAGAAGUUUCAGGCAAGGAAGCACAUAUGUGGGAUGAUAGGUGGAGUGAAUGAUGCCCCUGCUUUGAAGAAGGCUGAUAUUAGUAUUGCUGUUAUUGAUGCAACAGAUGCUGCCAAAAGUUCUUCUAAUAUUGUUCUUACCGAACCUGGUCUUAGUGUCAUCAUCAGUGCUAUUUAUGUUGUCUCUAUCACUAUACGGAUUGUUCUUGGUUUUAUGCUUAUUGCACUCAUACGGAAAUUUAACUUCUCACCAUUCAUGGUUUUACUUAUCGCCAUCCUAAAUUUGCUACAGGAAUUAUUCUCGGCAGUUAUUUGGCACUGA